UGUCGUAUACUUCCGUCAACAGUGACCCAGUGUCAUAAUGUGAAACCAGGGAGAUUUUAGAGGUGCUGUGUUUCAUCUGACAGCUUUCUUUACACUUCAAAGCUACUGUCUGUCGACUGUUCACCAGCAGCAGAUUAACAAAAGGACAAAGGAAUGCCUCCUUUAGUUGGAGCUGAGUUGGUCCAGACUCCCGUGCAGCUCUUUCGAUAUCUCCUCAGAUGCUGCAGAUUGUUGCCAACUACAGCAGUGCAGCAGCAUUACCGACAUGCCAUCAGACAGAGUUACAAAAGUCAUUCAGACGAAGACGACCAGGAGAGGAUACAAAUGAUGAUCCAGAGAGCGAUCGCUGACGCAGACUGGAUUCUUCAUAAAUACACCAAGAAGUGAGGAUCACAGAGCAUAAAAUACGUCCUCCGCUGCACAUUUGUUCUUAAUGUUGUGUUGAUAUGUGCGUGAACGGCGAUGAUGAAGAAACAUGUCACUAGAAAGUGAAAAAGUCUAAAUACUGUUAUUAGACAGAAGAGAGUUUAUGACUGUAUUUGUCAUGUAUUGUAUUUCUUUUCUCAAUAAAUGAAUGCUUAUUUACAAAA